CGUGCAGUCUGGUGUACUAUGGUCUGACUCUUGGAGCCAGUGAAACCUCUGGCAACCGUUAUGUAAACGUGGCCAUGUACGGUCUGGUGGAGCUGCCCGCAUACCCGCUCUGUAUGUACUUCAUCAACAAACACUGGGCCGGGAGGAGGAAGAGCAUGGCCAGCUUCCUGUGUCUGGCCGGCAUCGCCUGCCUCUGCACCACGUUCAUCCCUGAAAACACAGGGACGUUGCUGAGCGUCACGUCGUUUGCACUUCUGGGGAAACUGAUGGUCAGCGCUGCGUUCAACAUCGCCUACAUCUACACGUCAGAGCUCUACCCAACAGUUAUCAGGAACGCUGGUUUGGGGGUGUGUUCAAUGUCCUGCAGAGUCGGAGGAAUUCUGGCACCAUUUGUUCCCUCCAUGGUGUGUGUGUGCGCGCGUGCGUGUGUGUGUCAAUCGCCCCCUGGUGACUGGGUGUAGUAUAGAUCGGGGCGG